UGCACGUAUACACUUGACUCUUUGUCUGUGUGUAUAAAUAUAAACUUGUGAUCUGAUCUACUUGUAUCUAAAAUAUUAUCCUGUGGGUUUCGACAAUUUCAGUUUGUUUAUGCUCUUCUUCACAUGAAUCACAUACGUUCAUGUCGAUUCGUUUGAGAUACGGUCUCGAUUUCGGUUCCUUUUUUAAUAGAUAUAUAUUUGUUAUUUUAAUUUAAUGUAACCACGUGGAUUUGCUUGUCCUGGUUUUGUUUUUUAUUGCUUCCUCCUCGAGCGUUUUGAUUAUAUCGAGGAACCUAAAAUAUCAAGUUCGUGGAUCCAAAAACAGUUUGCGGGUUUUGAAUCGCAGCUACUAGUGGCGAUUAUAGAUUUUCUCCUUUUAUUUUAUUAUCCAGUUGAUUGGCUCCAUGUAGAUGAAGUGCGCAGAAAUUAGGGUUUUUUUAUCUCAUCUUUCAACUCAUUUUUUCCCCAAAUUUUCCGUUCGAUUUUGAGUUACUUCUUCUACUAGGUGGUGGUGUUGAGUUUUAAUUUGCUGGUGAUUUAGUGUAACGAGUCGAGUUGACUCACUAGCGUCGCAGCGAGUUGACAAGCUCUUGACAUCUUCUGAUCGAAGAAACCUUUCAAUUUUCAAGACUCGAAGAAGAAGAAGAGCCGAGUCUUUGAAUAGUUUGAGCGUUAUCAUCGCGUUUGCUUAGAUGGGAGGUCAAUGCUCUAACCUUGGUCGUUGUUGUCGGAAUUCAUCACACAAGACUGCUGUUCUUGAAGCUCCUGAUGUUGAAAAUGGAGAGAAUAGUGAGAUCACCGAUGUGCCUGGUUUCCGGGAGUACACACUAGAACAGCUUAAGUCGGCUACUUCUGGUUUUGCUGUGGAGUAUAUUGUAUCUGAGCAUGGAGAAAAGGCUCCCAAUGUCGUCUAUAAAGGUAAACUGGAGAACCAGAAGAAGAUUGCAGUCAAGCGUUUCACCAGAAUGGCGUGGCCUGAUGCACGACAAUUCCUGGAGGAAGCCAGGUCGGUUGGCCAGCUGCGGAGUGAGAGAAUGGCCAAUUUACUCGGCUGUUGCUGCGAAGGUGACGAGAGGUUGCUUGUGGCAGAAUUUAUGCCCAAUGAAACUCUAGCCAAACACCUUUUUCAUUGGGAAACACAACCAAUGAAAUGGACAAUGAGGCUCCGUGUUGUUUUAUAUCUAGCACAAGCUCUUGAAUACUGCACCAACAAAGGCCGUACUCUGUAUCACGACCUCAAUGCUUACCGGGUUUUAUUCGACGAGGAAUGCAAUCCAAGACUUUCUACUUUUGGCUUGAUGAAGAAUAGCCGGGAUGGAAAAAGUUACAGCACAAAUCUUGCUUUCACCCCUCCUGAAUAUCUACGAACUGGGAGAAUUACUCCAGAGAGUGUGAUAUACAGCUUUGGCACUCUUCUUCUUGAUCUCCUCAGUGGAAAACAUAUACCUCCGAGCCAUGCCCUUGAUCUGAUUAGAGACAGAAAUCUCCAGACGCUAACUGAUUCUUGCCUAGAUGGGCAAUUUUCUGACAGCGAUGGCACAGAACUAGUACGCCUGGCGUCUCGUUGUCUGCAGUACGAAGCUCGUGAGAGGCCAAACCCAAAAUCUUUGGUCACUGCCCUGACGCCUCUUCAGAAGGACACUGAGGUCCCAUCCCAUGUUUUAAUGGGUCUACCUCACAGUGGUUCGGUGUCUCCUCUGUCCCCUCUUGGUGAGGCUUGUUCAAGAAGGGAUCUGACCGCUAUGCUUGAGAUAUUGGAUAAACUUGGAUACAAAGACGACGAGGGUGUCACCAAUGAGCUCUCGUUCCAAAUGUGGACAGACCAGAUGCAAGAGUCUUUGAACUCGAAGAAGAAGGGUGAUAUGGCUUUCAGGCAAAAAGACUUUAGAGAGGCCAUUGAGUGUUACACGCAGUUCAUUGAUGGAGGAAUGGUCUCUCCAACAGUCUGUGCACGCCGAAGUCUGUGUUACUUAAUGAGUGAGAUGCCGAAAGAAGCUUUAGAUGAUGCAAUUCAAGCGCAAGUAAUCUCUCCCGUGUGGCAUGUCGCGUCUUAUCUCCAGUCUGCUUCUCUUGCCUUCCUGGGAAUGGAGAAUGAAUCUCAAAUUGCACUAAAAGAGGGCUCGAACCUUGAAGCUAAGAGGAAUUCAGCUUCCCAACUGAAGUAAGAUAUAUAUGUAUACCGUUCAAGAUUGAUUAUUUUCUUUUGGUGAAGAUGAAAGAACAUCUUUACCAAGUAUAAAGGGUUUAAUCUUUUGAGCACAAGGAUGGGAAAACACGCAAGAGUGAUGCAGAUCUAAACCCCAUGACGGGUGUGUUGUUUUGCUCUUCUUUUGCCUCUUUUUAUAGGCACCAAAGGAGUUACUUCCUUUUAUUGGCUUUGAGGAGCAAUGAAUGUACUAAAACCCUUUCUAUUGCAGAAACCAAAAGAGAUGUUUUCUUUUGAUUCAUAAAGCACAUCCUGUAAAAUGAAUGGCUGAAGCAAUUGAUGAGCGCUAAGUUUGUAUUUGCUGCCAUUAAAUGUUUGUUUAGUCUGUCUUUGAGUUAAUUAAAUCUGCUUGUACUCUCAACUCUCAAGCUUGA